AUGGAUUUGAAGAACGAACAUUUAAAUACGGGAAUCAUCUACAAACCGUCUCGAGAAGAUGGAAAUGAAGAGGAAAUUAUCGAUGAAAAAACAGAAAUGUUGGACAUUAAGAAUCAGUCUGUUUAUGUUGGUAGGCAAAUUUGCACAGAGGAAAUGCAGACAGAUAAAGAGAAAAAGAAAGAAAAAACGAAAAUUGUAAAAAAUAUGCUUGUACUGUGUACAGUUUUUACAUUCUUGUUUACAGCGUUCAACGGUCUAGUCAAUCUACAAAGCAGUAUAAACUGUGACGAUGGUUUAGGAUUUGCGUCUUUAGCCUGUAUGUAUGCCUUUAUGAUUGUAUCUGCUGUAUUACUACCUUCCAUUGCAAUCAAUACAUUUGGUACAAAAUGGACAUUAGUGAUCAGUAUGGUAUUCUAUGUAAUUUACACUGCUGCCAACUACUACCCUAUGUGGUACAUUCUUAUGACAGCUUCAGCUUUCCUUGGAAUUGCAGCUGCUCCUCUGUGGACGUGCCAGGCUAUGUAUAUCACCACCAUCAGUAUCCAGUACGCCAAUAUCAAUGAUGAAGACUGGCAAAAUACAGUAAAUCGCAAUGUUGGCAUAUUUUCGAUGACUUUAAAGAGUAGCCAAAUAUUUGGAAAUAUACUUUCUUCAGUAGUUCUUGGACUUUCUGAUGAUCGUAACACUACUUCGUUUAACGAUGUAACAUAUACGUGUGGGGCUAAUGACUGCCAGGAAACUGAAGGUAACCAGACAACAUUUUGUGACUUACCUCCACAGAAUUUAACAACUAUUUUACUAACUCUGUAUGUGGCAUGUGGUGUUAUAGCUAUUAUUAUUACAGUUAUAUUUCUCGACAAACUGAAAGUAGGACAAGAACCAAAGGAACAGAAACAGUCAUGUGAUCUAUUAUUGGCCACUAUCAAACUUUUGAAAGAUGAUAGAAUAUGGUUCGUCAUUCCAAUGUCGGUGUGUAGUGGUAUAGAAAUGGCCGUUAUUACAGGAGUCUUUGUGAAAUCUUAUGUAUCAUGCGUCAUUGGAGUCAAUAUGGUUGGUUAUGUUAUGAUAUGUUACGGUGUUAGUAACACUGUUUUCUGUGUCAUCGCUGGACGUGUGGCGACAUACAUAGGCCGCGUGACCUUGGUUGCCAUAGGUGGAGCAAUGUUAGUAUCACUCUCUAUAUCCUUGUUGCUUUGGGAGCCACGUGCAGAGCAGAUGCCAGUCUACUUUAUUAUUGCUGCUGGGUGGGGACUGGCUGAUGCUAUAUGGCAGACACAGAUGUAUAGUGAGUUAAAAUGA